CAUUGCAUCGGUUAGCGUAUACAAAUGAAAACGUCGCUUGUGAACGCGUCCAAUUUCGACUACUCCAGUCGCCCCGUGUACGAGGGCGAACAACGGCACGUACUUCAAUACGAGCAGCAACAGCUGCAACAGGACCAACUGCGGGCAGCAGAACAAGACGAGCCUCAGCAGCAACAAGAGCAGGCACUGCAACAACAACAACAACGCAAUCAUCAAACGCCGCGUACGUAUCAAAGAGAACAACUACAAUCACAACAGACUCGUCAACAGCAUCAGCGUUAUCACGACAAACAGUCCGAACCAGAGCAGCUGGAUCGACAGCAACAAGAGAAUUCUGCCGCUGCCACGUCGACAAUUGUCUACCCAUUCGUCGCGGCGCAUAUAAAGCACUCGCCGUGCGAUUUUGAGGACGCUGAACAACAACAAAAUCAACAGCACAAGCAUCUGCACAAGCGUGCGGGUACAGUCAUCGCCGAAGCUAUAGUAGAUAGUAGCGACGACGAUAUAAACGGUGAUAAUAAUUUGGCGCAGAGUGUAAUUUAUAUUGACGAUAGCAAUUGCGAGCAACCGCUGGAACAGCGACAACCGCUAAAAGAGACCAACGGUGAUAACUGUGUCAUCACCAGCAGCAGCAACAACAACAACAGUAAUAAUAAUACCAGUAAACUUGCCACUAAUAACGAGAUAAGUGUAGUUACAUCGACGAAGCGUCAGCAAACGUCCACGUUACGUUAUCCCUCCUCCGUCGCGUCGAGCAAAUACCAGCAUAGUAAUCAGCAGCAGCAGCAAAGACAGCCGUUGCAGCAGAAAAUAUCGAGCAAACGCAAGCGUGAAACAGAGUGCGAUUGCGGUUGCGUUGAUUCAUACACAUCGUCGUCCUCGUAUAACGGUUCUGGCGCCGCCGCGUCCAUUUGCUUAAGCAACAGCAACGAAUCUGUCGGAGUUGGUGUUAUAAGCAGCACGACCGCAGUAGCAGCAGCAACUGCUUCAGCGCAAACGGCGAGCAGCAAUUCGGAAACGCUGGCAGCGGUGGCGACAACGACGGUGACCAACAGCCUCAAGACGGCGCACACAAAAGUCGCCACGUCUGGGGGGCACGCCAACACGCAGCCCCCCAGCAAGCGUUCGAGCAGCGGCGCCGACGGUGAUUACCAGCUGGUGCAACAUGAGGUUCUCUAUUCGCUCUCCGCCGAGUAUGAGGUCUUGGAGUUUUUGGGACGUGGCACGUUCGGUCAGGUGGUUAAAUGCUGGAAACGUGGCACGUCGGAGAUUGUGGCUAUUAAGAUCUUAAAAAAUCAUCCUUCGUAUGCACGUCAGGGACAAAUUGAAGUAUCGAUUCUAUCGCGUCUCAGUCAGGAAAAUGCCGACGAGUUCAAUUUUGUGCGUGCUUUCGAGUGUUUCCAACACAAGAACCACACGUGUUUGGUGUUUGAAAUGCUCGAACAGAAUUUGUAUGAUUUCCUUAAACAAAAUAAGUUUUCACCGCUACCUUUGAAAUAUAUACGGCCCAUUUUAGAGCAGGUUUUAACGGCGUUGCUAAAAUUAAAGCAACUUGGUUUGAUUCAUGCAGAUUUAAAGCCGGAAAAUAUAAUGUUGGUAGAUCCAGUAAGACAACCUUAUAGGGUGAAGGUUAUUGAUUUUGGUAGUGCGUCGCAUGUCAGCAAAACGGUAUGCAACACUUACUUGCAGUCCCGUUACUAUCGUGCACCUGAAAUUAUUUUGGGUUUGCCAUUUUGUGAGGCAAUCGAUAUGUGGUCGCUGGGUUGUGUGGUGGCCGAGUUGUUCCUGGGUUGGCCCUUAUAUCCGGGUUCUUCUGAAUUCGAUCAAAUAAGGUACAUAUCACAGACACAGGGUCUGCCUACGGAGCACAUGCUGAACAGCGCCUCGAAGACAUCAAAGUUUUUCUAUCGCGACGUCGAUUCGACCUAUCCGUUUUGGCGCUUGAAGACCACCGAGGAACACGAGGCAGAGACUAAUACGAAAAGUAAGGAGGCACGCAAAUAUAUAUUUAAUUGCUUAGACGAUAUUGGUCAGGUAAAUGUACCAACUGACUUGGAAGGCGGUCAAUUGUUGGCCGAGAAAACGGAUAGACGCGAAUUCAUUGAUCUGCUAAAGCGUAUGCUAACCAUUGAUCAAGAACGUCGUCUUACGCCAGCUGAGGCGUUGAAUCACUCCUUUGUACGCCUCACACACCUAGUUGACUACGUCUAUUGUAAUAAUGUAAAAGCCUCGGUGCAGAUGAUGGAAGUAUGCCGACGUGGCGAUUUUCAUACUGUGCAACCAGCUUCUACAUUGGUUACCAAUUUUGUACCGAGCACUACGGAGAAUAUGACGUUUACCAUCAACAAUCAGCUUACCAGUCAAGUGCAGCGUUUGGUGCGUGAACGUCCAUUAGCCUAUGAGGGUCUUUAUCAAAUCUACGGCGGUCGCAAUGUUGGUCGUCAGUAUACACAGGGACGCGCCGAUGCGUUCCAACAUCAGUUAAAUAUUUUGUGUCCGUCAUCCUAUCAAACCAUGCCCAGUCCCACCAAGCACGUGGUUGUUGGCAGCGCCACAAUGCAGCCACCAUUGCAAGUUCCUCCACAGCAGUAUGUCAAUGUGCCUGUGCCAGUGUCGAUGGUGGAACCGGCUUCCGGACAACGCAUGUUGCUUACAAAUCGUGUACAAGCCAGCGGCGUGGCUUGGCCGCAGACCGGACGACAAAUGGCUUUGGUGCCUUCGUGGCAACAAGCGCCAGCACAUUCGCUAAUUGUCGAUUCGGCACCAUUUUUGAAUGUUGAGGAGAUUUAUCCUAAACACCAUUUGAAUAUACCCAGAAAUGAUCUCAAGAAGGAGUCGCCAGUGCAGCAUUUAGUCACUAAGAGCAACUCGUAUCGUGUGCCGCGCCACGAUAAAAAGGAAAAUAAUCAGUUAUCACCGGUUAAGAAACGUGUAAAGGAGAGUUCACCGCCACACCAGCAGCGCUACAACCGCGCCUCACACGUUUCGCCGCAGUACCAUAGUCACCACAAUUGCAACUAUGGCAGCAACUACAACAGCAAUGCUGGCCCAGUUAUUACUUCGGCAUCGUCUGGUAACAUUGUUAGCCAAAAUAGCAACAAUGGUGGUGGUCAUCAUCAUCACAGCAGCAAUUCGGCCAAUCAACAGCAUGUGAUCAGCAGCAGCAGCAGCAAUGGUGGUGGUGGUGGUGGCGGCUAUAGCAAUAGCAAUCAUCACAUUAUCAACAAUUGCAGCGGCAAUAACAGUGUUGGUGGCAACUAUCACCACCAAACACAUCACACACAGCAACAUCAGCCGGCACAGCAAGCGGUGCAACAUUCGCACCAGCAUCAUGGCGCUAUUGUAAAGCAGCAGACAAUUACUAUACACGACACGCCAUCACCUUCGGCUGUCAUAACGAUUUCGGAUAGUGAGGAUGAGGGUAACGAGCCACCCGCCCCAGCACCAGUCGCACCGGUAAUGAAGCAACGUGCACAUGCGCAGUCGCAAACGAACCCUGCUUUAUUGCAGCACUCGUCAUCGUCCUCGUCGUGUCGCGCUAAUGGCCACCAACAUCAGGUGCAGUCGCAGCAACAACAACAGCCGCAACAUGUACACCAUCACCACCAUCAGACACAUCAGCAGGUGCAGCCGCAGCCGCAGCCACAACAGCAGCAGCAGCAGCAAACUCAGCCGCAGCAUCAGCAUCAUACUGCUAACAUCUAUGGUGACAACGACACAGAUGAGGUGCGCCGACGCGGCAGUCAUGCACACAGCGGUGGCAACAGUCCCAGACAGCAACAGCAUCAUCAGCACCAGCAACAACAACAACAACAGCAGUUGCAGUCAUCCUCAUCACACCAUCAUCAUCAACAACAGCAACAACAACAGCACCAACCGCAACCACAGCACCAACAACAGCCACAGCAGCAGCAACAAUAUCAGCAGCCUGCCCAGCAGCAACAACAACAGCAACAGCCUAAUAUUAAAUACGAACCGGGGCAAUCGCAGAAAAAGCGCAUCUUGGCCAUGGCCCAGAACGAGUGUUACAACAAUGGCGGCAACGGCGGUGUUGGCUGCAGCGGCAGUUUAGGCAAUCAAACCGCCAGUUUGCCGCAUUUGCCAACCAAGCAAGAGCCAGCCGAAUUCUACGAGUAUCCGCCACAGCAGGCCACAUCGGUUGUUGUAGACAACAAGCGUUCUUCAUGGGCAGCCGCCGCCACACAAGCGCCACCGGCACACCAUAAACGUGAGGUCACCUCGACGGCCUCCUCUGCCUCGGCCUAUGUACAACAUCCGCCCUCAACAGCAGCAGCUGCUCCGCCAUUGGCACAUUCGAAGAGCUCAUCUUCGGCCGUCGGCGGUGCUGUGGCAGUUGGUGCAGUUUCUGGUGCCGCUGCAGGUCCGCCUUCGUGGGGUGCACCACAAGUAUACCAUCGUCAGCAGCAAACACACGCUGCUGUACAGGUGGUUGCACCAUCGGCACAACAGCAGCAACAACAACAACCGCAACAUCAUCAGCAUCAAGCGAAUACACCAAUCGGUGGCUCGCCUGCCGCGGCCACUGCAGUUAUGCUUCAGCCAGAUAUCUAUGCCCAGGGUGAUAUGUAUCGCCGCCCAACGGUGUUUGUGUCGCAGGCGACUCCUACAUAUGCAUACAAUCGUGCCGCAGUGGCGCCACCCCCCGCACACAACAGUUCGAGCCGUCAGGUAAUACCAUCGCAUCCACUACCCGCCCAUAUACAUUUCCCCACACAGUACAGCCAAUUUGGUCCGUUAAGUCCAGCACAAGUUGCCGCCAGCAAGCAUGCGCAUUACGCACCGACGAACAUAUGGUACGGUGGAGAAUAAACUGGUUUAAAACACUCGAAUCGUUUCUAACUGAUUGUGUUGGCGGCAGCAACGACAGAUUUACGAACACCAAAUGCGAUACAAAGCACUACAAACCCAAUUACAACAAU